AGGAGGAGGGGGGAGUCGGGUCAAACACACCUCAUCUUCACCCUGACUGUCUGCGUGAAGUGUGAGAGUCAGGGAGAGAAGUUUGUCAGACUGCAGACAGCAUCUUCAGCGGAGAGACACACAGGAGGAUUUAUUUAUCAUUUCAUUCUAACACCACAGAUGCUGUCGGAGGACAGACAGACGCCGGUGGCCGCUGUGCACUGUCCCGGCGCAGAGGCGCACACUGAGCCGUGCCCGCGCAGCGCACUGCUGGACCCAAGCCGGCGGCACCGGACCGCGUUCACGCGCGAGCAGCUGUCCCGGCUGGAGCAGGAGUACAACACGGAGAGCUACGUCUCCAGACCCCGCCGCUGCGAGCUGGCCACCGCCCUGAACCUGCCGGAGACCACCAUCAAGGUGUGGUUCCAGAACAGGCGGAUGAAGGACAAAAGGCAGAGACACUCCUUGCCGUGGCCCCACCCUCUCGUGGACCCCCUGGGGGCGCUCCUGAUGGGCCGCGCCUCCUCCGGCCUGUUGUACCCCUUCAUCCCACACCACCUCUCACACCUCCCCCUCCCCAGCCACUACCCCCUGGCUCUCUCCUCACCCUCGGCCCACAGUCGCUACAAUGUGCCCAUGAGGACCCUGGACGCACUCCGCCUCUCCCAGUACCACCACAGAGCGGGGGGGCUGCCUCCAACACAAACAGCCCUCUACCCCUCCAGCAGCAUUGUGCACCACCCUGUCUCCUGCCCCUGCCUGCUGUGCAUGCACUGGGGACCAGAACACCUGCUGAAGGCCAGGGGGGAGGCGCUCGGACUGAACCGGCCCCGGAGUCCCAAGGUCCAGCCAGCAGGUCUGGAGCGGAGAGAAGAGGUGGUGUAAAAGAGGACAGAAACUACCUCACCAUCCUAGGCGGUCAAACUGCUGUCGGAUAAGGAAGUAGCAGCAUCACUGUGUCUUCAAUUAAUGUCACGUGCACUGUUGAGCUCACUAUGGUAGGACAUUUUAGAGUUUCAUUAACUAAGAAGAGGUAAAACACAAUUCCUAGGUCUUAUCUAUGCCAGUCACAUGACACUGAUAAUCGCAGCAAUUUGUUUAUUGGAUGACAGAAAACCGUUUCCACAAUAGAGUGCUGCAGGAAUGCUAACCCAAAACCCGGUAAUGGGUUAGCAUUUUACCAUUUCCGGUGCAGUUUUUUUAACUCGUUUUUUAACAUCCCACUGGUGAAUGUCCAGAGCCUAUGUGUAUAGACACUUCCUCACUUGUCUUCUACUCUAAAUGACACUACUAAACGUGGUCACGUCGAGCAUUAGCCACCCUUAGCUUAGUGGUGAUGUCAAAACAAUUGUGUAGUUUGUUUAUAGCCUAAUGUUAGCUUUUUAGAUUUACAUUUACGCUUCCAAAAUAAUAAAAGUAAUGUUAAUAUGU